AUGGACGUCUCAGGAAGGAGAGCAUCAAAACAAUUUCGAUCUUCGACAACCGACAUGUCAGAAGAAGAUAGGAAAGUUUAUUGCCAGGGUUGUGAUCAAGAAGGUCCCCGACUACCUGCCCAUGGUUACUGCACUGACUGUAAAGAGCAUCUAUGCGAGAAGUGUUUUACAGUCCAUAAUACCAAACAUCAUACUCUCCUUGAUGCAGCAAAUAUGCCUGAAACUUUAUAUCAACGCCAAGUAUCUUCACACACUAGCCAGCGCAACGAACUAACCACGUUCUGUCUUAUACACUCAAACGAAAAGAUAAGUUUUUUCUGCAGCCACCAUAAAAAACUACUUUGCCGUGACUGUGCUUCCGAUGAACAUGAAACCAGUCCAUGUAUUGUCAACCAUGUAUCGUACUUGUCUGGUGACAUUAUUGACAGCACAGAAUAUCAAGAUAUUCUAAAAGCACUGGAAAACAUUCCUGACAACUAUUCCACAAUUGUAGAAGAUGUCAAGAAAAUGACAGUAAAAUCCAACAGCUUAGUCAAAGAUGCCAUUUCAGACAUCAAAAAGUUACGUCAUGAAAUCAAUGAGAGACUAGAUAAACAGGAACGACUUGCAAACGUCAUAGAACAGAAAAAUAACACACAUUUAAAAACAGUAGAAGGAACACGUGAUGAGAUAACCAAAUCUUUGAAGACAUUAUCAGACAAAAUCGAGCAGCUGAACACAGAAAAACAGGCUGACAAACUGUUUGUGGAAUUAAAACUUGCAGAGAAAACGAUUGAAGGUAUCGAAGAAAAUACACUGCUGAUAACGUCACAAAAGGUCAAAGAAAUCAAAUUUCAACCAAAUGAUACAAUCAUUAACAUGCUCAAAACAGAGAAAUCUUUGGGUACCUUGACAGAGGAAAUUUCAAAUAACGCUUGCAGCAGUGCUCAAUCUGAGCAUACUCAAUACAGACAAACCUCUUACAUGGAAAAUAUCUGGGUGAAGACGUCAAACAAUAUCAAUAGAUGCUGGAUAACAGGUAUGACACUCCUUACUCCAAAUGUCCUUAUAAUCACAGACCCUGAAAACAAAGAUAUAAAGAUGGUGGACACCCGCAGUAAAUAUGUUCUUAAUCAGCUAGAGCUUGACGGUAAUCCUUGUGAUGUCACUGCAGUAGCAAGUGCCGAAGUUGCUGUCACGCUAUAUCAUAAACCUGAAGUUCAGUUCAUAUCAACUUCCUCAAACAGACUAACAAAAAAGAAAGCUAUUGUGACUGAUGGUGAAUGUUAUGGCAUAAGUUGCAAUCAAGGCAAACUUAUCUUGACAUUCUGUAAUCCUGCAAAACUCCAGAUCGUUGACAUGAAUGGAACUGUACUGACAACUGUUAAUGACCAAGACAUUUUCAGACACCCAUGGUAUGUCACCAGUAACAGAAAUUCUAUCUAUGUAUCUGACUGGGACAUGAAAACAGUGACAAGAUUAAACUGGCAAGGGGAAGUGAUUGGUUGGUAUCGUGUUGAAGGUACACCGUAUGGAAUAGCUCUGUCCGAUGAUGAUAAUGUCUUUGUGUGUGCCAUGAAUGGAAACACCAUUGAAGAGAUAUCAGGAGAUUGCAGUAAAGGAAAGGUGGUGUUGAAGAAUCUGAUAAGCCCUUAUGCUGUAUGUUGGUGUGGCGAAACUAGGAAGAUGUACCACAGCAGUUUUUCACAAGAUGGAAAAAGACGAAACUUAAUUUAUGUCAACAAACUGUCGGAGAUUUGA